UGUGUCUACACCGAAGGAAGCAAUCUACCUUAUCCUUAGACUGGACACGUGUUCUCAGAACCCCAGCCAAAUCUGAACCACCGUUUUCCUUUUUAUGAGACCACGACAAGUCUUACAAAAGCAGCAGCAGCAGUUUUUGGCCCCAGACGUCGCCGUUUAUCCUAUCUACGGACCUUGAUCACUAUCAUAGUCACAGAAUAGAGCAGUAGCUUAGCUUGAUCUUUAGUCCCCUCCCCCAACGGAGUCUGCUCCAAGGAGAAGCACAAAGAGAGCGAGAUGGUGCGUUUUGGCGGGAAAAUGGCGGGUCAGCUAGUGAGUUUGGGUGGGAACGGUGCCGGCCAGUUUCUGGCUGCUGCCGCAGUCGCUCUCCUCCUCCGACUGUUUUCCGGUCCCGGCCCCGCUCUGAUGCCGGACGACGAGUCUCCUGACGACGAAAAAAACGACGCAGCCGACGACGAUAGUCCAGAUGUCGGGAAAGUUUUCCCGGUUACUAUCCGGUGGAGCAACAUCACAUGCUCGCUCUCUGAUAAAUCCUCCAAAUCAGUGAGAUUUCUGCUUAAUAAUGUGAGUGGAGAAGCAAAGCCUGGAAGAUUGCUUGCAAUAAUGGGACCAUCAGGUUCAGGAAAGACAACAUUGCUCAAUGUUUUGGCAGGACAGCUAAUGGCAUCACCGCGACUGCAUUUGUCAGGUCUUUUGGAAGUCAAUGGGAGGCCUAGUUCAAAUAGAGCUUACAAGCUUGCUUAUGUGAGACAGGAAGAUCUUUUUUUCUCGCAGCUUACGGUGCGGGAAACACUGUCUCUUGCUGCUGAACUUCAACUUCCAGAGAUAGCUUCGGUAGAAGAGAGAGAUGAAUACGUGAAUAAUUUGUUGUUCAAGCUCGGUUUGGCCAGCUGUGCUGAUACCAAUGUUGGUGAUGCAAAAGUUCGUGGGAUAAGUGGCGGUGAAAAGAAACGUUUGUCACUAGCAUGCGAACUCAUUGCUAGCCCAUCUGUAAUAUUUUCUGAUGAACCUACAACAGGGCUUGAUGCUUUUCAGGCAGAGAAAGUAAUGGAAACUCUCCGACAACUGGCGCAGGAUGGACAUACUGUAAUUUGUUCCAUACACCAGCCUAGAGGCUCAGUGUAUGGUAAAUUUGAUGACAUUGUGUUACUAGCAGAGGGUGCACUUGUCUAUGCUGGCUCAGCACAUGAUGUGCCACUGACAUAUUUCUCAAAAUUCGGGUAUCGUUGCCCAGACCAUGUCAAUCCUGCUGAAUUUUUGGCUGAUCUCAUAUCCAUUGACUACAGUUCUGCAGAAAGUGUCUACUCUUCACGGAAAAGGAUAGAUGGUCUAGUUGAAUCUUUUUCACAACAAUCAUCAACAAUUCUUUAUGCAACUCCACUUACCAGAAAGGAGGACUCCAAGAAAUUGAGCAGGAAAACUGGUGUAAAGGGGAAAGGCAAAGGGUCUUGGUGGAGGGAAUUCUGGUUGCUCCUUAGACGUGCAUGGAUGCAGGCUUCUCGUGAUGGGCCAACAAACAAAGUUCGGGCAACAAUGUCAAUUGCAUCAGCUAUAAUAUUUGGAUCAGUUUUUUGGAGAAUGGGAAAAUCUCAAACAUCAAUACAAGAUAGGAUGGGAUUGCUUCAGGUUGCAGCAAUAAACACGGCAAUGGCUGCUCUCACAAAAACAGUGGGUGUGUUUCCAAAAGAACGUGCAAUUGUAGAUAGAGAGCGUGCUAAGGGCUCUUAUGCAUUAGGACCCUAUCUACUUUCCAAAUUGAUAGCUGAGAUUCCUGUUGGAGCAGCAUUUCCAUUAGUGUUUGGUGCUGUACUGUAUCCCAUGUCUCGUCUUCACCCUACCUUUUCAAGGUUUGGAAAAUUCUGUGGAAUUGUGACAGCAGAGUCAUUUGCUGCAUCUGCAAUGGGUCUAACUGUGGGAGCUAUGGUUCCAACCACUGAAGCAGCAAUGGCUGUCGGACCCUCUCUUAUGACUGUUUUUAUAGUAUUCGGAGGUUAUUAUGUCAAUGCAGAUAAUACACCAAUCAUCUUUCGAUGGAUUCCUAAUGUUUCCCUGAUAAGAUGGGCCUUUCAAGGACUUUGCAUCAAUGAAUUUAGAGGUCUUCAGUUUGAUCAUCAAAGUUCAAUUGAUGUAGAAACUGGUGAACAGGCACUUGAGCGGCUCUCGUUCGGUGGAAGACAUAUUAAGGAUACUGUGGUAGCUCAAAGUAGAAUUUUGUUGUUUUUGUAUUGCACCACGUACCUUCUCCUUGAGAAAAACAAGCCCAGUUACCAAAGGCUUGAGCCACCGUGUCGUGAACAAAUCCAGUCACAGGUACAACUUGAGCCUUUGGACCCUGACGAGGUAAAACAACUCCAGCAACUGGAUCCUCCUCCACCCAAAAAAGAUGAAUCAAACCAGCAGCUUGAAUCACCACCUGUUGAAAUCCGACCAUUUAUCUUAGAAGGUAUCAAGUAAAGAAGAUGCCAGUGCAAUAAGGAGGGUCCCAUGCCUUCACUGAGCUAACAAGCUGCUUCCGUAGAACCUGACAACAAUUAAGUCCAUGUCUGAAACUGAAACAGCUAAAAUCUCACGUGCAAUGUCACUAGUAAAUGUAAUGGUUUUAUUUCAAUGGCAUCCAAAGAGGCCUUCUUCUUCCUCCUCCUCCUCCCUUUCAAUGACCGGUGGUGGAAAAUGAGCGUCCGGCAUUUGCUUUGAUCGGUGCAUAUGCUGAUGACUAAAACCUUAGGAGAUCAAGACUGUCUUGUAAAUUUGAAUGUUGCUGUGGUAAUUAAUUGGAAAAACCUAGUAGUAGAUCGUGCAAAA